AACGCACAAUGCGCUCUGGACCGCUCUAUUCAGUCGCUCAACUUCCCCUCAUUUUCAUUGGUCCCCAGAGGAUGCGGCCGCAGCGGAUUGGAGGAAAGUUUCUGGUUGGGUUUUCACACCCCCACCUCGCAGAUAUCCGUGGUCCGGUGCUUCUGUGUUUCCAGUUGUUUUCACAUCCACUCACUAACAAAGUGAUUCUUCGCAGCUGCUGUAUAUCUCUAUGUGAAUGUAGAGACUGCUGCGCAACUAACGCGUAAAGCUACACAGGAGUGGAAUCGUUCAGAGCUUGCUGGAGAAAUACGGAGAAUUUGAUCAACUUUAGAAAGGACAGACAGAAGAAAGAAGAGUGAAAAUGGUGUCGGCCGGACUGGAGAUCUUGGGUCUUUCUUUGUGCGUAAUUGGCUCGCUCCUGGUCAUGGUUGCGUGCGGGCUUCCCAUGUGGAAGGUGACGGCGUUCAUCGAGGCCAACAUCGUGGUGGCGCAGACGAUGUGGGACGGCCUGUGGAUGUCCUGCGUGGUGCAGAGCACCGGCCAGAUGCAGUGCAAGGUGCACGACUCCGUCCUCGCUCUGAGCCACGACUUGCAGGCGGCCAGAGCGCUCACCAUCAUCUCCUCCGUGAUGGGAGUGCUGGGUCUCAUGGUGGUGAUCGCGGGGGCGCAGUGCACCAACUGCAUCCGCACAGAGUACGUGAAAGCCCGGGUGGUGAACGCCGGUGGGAUCAUCUACAUCAUCAGCGGCCUGUUUGUGCUGGUUCCUCUUUGCUGGAUGGCCAACAACAUCAUAUCGGACUUCUACAAUCCGCAGGUGCCUUCAUCCAAGAAGAGGGAAAUCGGCGCUGCGCUCUACAUCGGCUGGGCGGCCGCGGCGCUGCUGCUGAUCGGGGGAACGCUUCUUUGCUGCUCCUGUCCCUCCAGUGGAAACUCGGGAUACUCUGUAAAAUAUGCGCCGACCAAGAGAGCCUCGCAGAACGGGGACUACGACAAGAGGAAUUAUGUGUAGCUGCCUGCAUGGCGCGGAGCAGACGGUGCGUAAAAGUGACUUGCAGCUUUGAAAAAACUGUUUUUUACGGACCUUGUUUUUGCACCUCCAACUUUUUUUUAUGCAUAAAUUUGAACUUUGAAAUCAGCGGAAGCCUCUCUGGUCCUUCAAUAUUCUCGGGCCGUAUUUUUUACACGCUUUUGUGUCUACUGGAGAUUUAUUUUAAAAGACUAUCGACAAUAUACGGAGCCCCUACCGGAACAUUGAUGGAAAAAAAUAAACGUUUGUUUAACUUUUUUUUUUUUCUUCAAUGUCCCUUUAGGAGCUCCAUAACUGUAAGAAGUAGCACACGACAAAAAGGAGUAUCUUUCUAAGGUACCUGCUUUAGUAAAUUGUCAAAAUUAUUAGAUUUGGAUUUAUUUGCUAUUUUCUCUUGUUUGAUUAAGUCUCUGCACCGAAAAUGUAACUUGUUCUUUGUCCUCAAUGUGCAUUGUCAGCACAAAGUUGUACAGUAGAAUGGCUGCACACUCUCACAGUGAAAAACUGUUUUCUUUGGCGGCAGUAGCAUUUUGUCACCAGAAACCAGCAAUAGGAACAAAAAUAAACCGGUGAUUUGACUUUAGUUUUAAAAUACAAGAUAUAAAAUUGUAAUACAAGCUUCUUUUUUUUUCCUUUUAAUGGUUCAGAAAUGACAAGUGAUUUAGAUUUGGUUUGAAUUUUUUAGCAGAUCUUAAAUGUUAAAAACCACAGGUAAAAAGAAAACUGAGCCCUUUUAUCUCAUUUCUACACUGGCUAAAGACGAUCCUUCACCCCGUGACGUCACUAUUUGUAUGAGGGAGUGAUUGUUUUCAACAGGUGCUAAGGCAAUAAAAAAAAAUGUCAACAAUUUAAAUCAAUUACAUACCCUCCUACAAAUUCAACCAGAUAUGUUUAUCAAAUAUGUUUUGUGAUGAAAAAACAAACAACUCAGUGUCCAGCAGAAGAAACAGCGCCCCCUACAGUCACAGUAUACAGUAAUCGCAGAAUUUAUUUGAAACAUCAGUGUAACUUUUUCAUUAUUUUUCUUGCAAAGGAUUUUGUUUUUAAUAUUUUAAACAUGAAAAGAAAAUCAAACCAUCUAUCUUUGAUCACAACUAGAACAAUUCAAUUGCAUUUUUAAAUUCUUUACCGUGACAUUAAAAUCAAAUAACCACUUGCUGUUUUGUUUUUGGGUUAAUGUUUCAUCACUGUUUUCUAAUUAGAACAUCAAUGAGCAAAAUAUGAAUGCACCAUGAUCCAAGAUCGAUGACUUGGAAACAGCGUCCAAUAAGGAAAAAGACUUAAGAAGAAAAUCUCACAUGUUAAAGUCCUUUUGAAUCGUAGAAUGUUAUUUUUGUGUCGGAGAAUCAUGUGGAAGUCCAUUCUUUGUCUUUUCUGAGCACCUGCUAAGUUUUUCGCAUUAUGAAAGCAUCUUUUCCUUACAUAACUUCCAGGUUUUUGUUACUGUUUUUGGCGUCUGAUGUUAUGUUUAAUUUUUCAUGCGUAUGAAGAUGCAAUACUGUUUCAUUUUAUUAUGAUUAAACAGAAUAUAUUGUCUGAAA